AACAUUCAUUCAUGUCUCCGAGAACCAUGAUUUAUUGUUGUUCCAAAGUUAGCUGUGUGACAUUGAUGGCCAUUGCAUCGUAAUCAUCGAACCUGUAAUAAUUUUCUAAAAUCUAACUCACUCUCUUCCAAUUCCUUUGUAUUCUCCAUCACAUUUGCAUUUUCCUCUUCCUCUUCGUUCUCAUCGCCUUCAAGCUUAAAUUCUCACCGACCCACAUUGCCAUUCCUAAUUCCUUCAAAUCACGCACCCCUUUGAUCGGAGACUAGUUUUUGAUUCGUGGGGUGGUUCCAGAAUGGCCUCUUUCUCGGUUCCAUGCUCAAAAUCUCCUGCCCCUGCACCUUUGGGAUUGAGAUCAUCCCACAAGGUUGAGUUUCAGAAUGUGUUGUGCUUGAAGCCUUCCCAACAAUCAUUUGGAUCUUUGUGUGCUCGGCCAGCUUCAUCUGAGAUUGGGUGUCUUAACAGGAAGCAACUAUCUGUCCAGAAGUUGCAAGCACAACGUAAUGAGGCAGCUACUGUUGGAAAUUCUAAUUCUGCACCGUUACCUGUCAAUGUUGCUUCUUCAAAAGAGAAAGAAGACUAUAAUGGGAGUGUCUCUUGUGGCACUGUCGCAGACGCAUCUUCAAUUUCUACAUUCAUGGCCCAGGUUUCAGACCUUGUAAAACUUGUGGAUUCUAGAGAUAUUGUAGAACUGCAACUUAAGCAAUCAGACUGUGAGCUCAUGAUAAGAAAAAGAGAAGCUUUGCACCCUCCACCAGCCCCAGCAGUGGCUCCAGCAUCACCAUCAUUUUACUAUCCCCCACUUCCUUCGUCGCCAUCCCCGCCACCAGUGGCUGCUUCUGCUCCUGUGAGCUCUCCACCUUCAAAAGCAGCACCUGCCUUACCUUCCCCUGGAAAAGAAAGCAAAUCAUCUCACCCUCCACUGAAAUGUCCAAUGGCAGGAACCUUUUAUAGGAGUCCAGCACCUGGUGAACCUCCCUUUGUCAAGGUUGGAGAUAAAGUGCAGAAAGGACAGGUUAUUUGCAUUAUUGAGGCCAUGAAACUGAUGAAUGAAAUUGAGGCUGAUCAAUCAGGAACAAUAACUGAGAUAGUGGCUGAGGAUGGAAAACCAGUCAGUGUAGACGCGCCUCUUUUUGUAAUAGCUCCAUGAGUACCGGAAGGGACCUUAAUUCGAAGUUGAUGGGAAUCUCUCUUGUUGAAUAGCAUCGUAUUGAAAGAUUUAGACCUUCCAUUGUUCAGAAAUUUCUUGUGUGGUACCGUUUGUCUCAUGUUAAGAAAUCCCAGGUUUCUUAUGCCUUCCCUCCCUCCUAAUUCAGUGUUGGACUGUGUAAUUCUAAGAAGUGUUGUAAUAUAAAUUAUAAAUUAAUGUUUCUGCUAUUGGUUUUUGAA